CAACAUUUUACUAAAAACAAAAAAUAAAUAACCAGAAGUAGUGGCUUGAGGCUGUGACUGUCGCUCCUUUAUCUCCUUUCCCCAAAACACAUCAAAUCCCAAAUUCCAUCAAAAUCAUCACCGAUCUCACCACUCUGCAUAUCAACAGCUUCACUGAUUUUGCAAAAUGGGUUCAUCGGUUUUGCCACACGGGUUGGAUUUGUUAAGCAUUUGAAGGAUGAUUUCAAGGAAUUGUUUCACUUGUUGGGUUAAUCAGUCAAUGGAUUACAUGGGAGCAGUGGUUGUUUUGGCUGCUGUUCUAAAUCGAUGCCAGUUAUUGCUGUUGAUGAACCAUCAAAGGGCCUUAGAAUUCAAGGCCGAGCGGUGACAAAAUCUAGUCUUUCAGAUGAUUUUUGGAGCACAACCACAUGCGACGUCGAUCUUGCUGCAAUUCAGUCGCAAAAAAGCGUAUCGUCUAUCGGUGGCAGCAGCACCAACAUCCAGCCAGAGUUUGUAAACCGUGGUCUGCUGCAGUGGAAUCAAUCGAGGCUACAGUGGGUUGACCAUAAAAAGUCAAAGAUUAGUGCAAAAACUCAAGAACACAUUUUAAGGGACACUACAUACGAAAGUUUACUUGGUACCGCCGAAACAUUUCCUCAUUCAAUCCCUCUCUCGGAAAUGGUUGGAUUCUUGGUAAACAUAUGGGAGCAAGAAGGAUUGUACGAGUAAAACAACAUUUUACGCUACAAACAUGUCGAAUUCUCUGAAAAUCUCAAAUCACUUCGCGUAUAUAGCAUUUCCAAGAAUGUUUAUCGUGCAUAUUCGUGUAUCGGGUUUAUGUUAAUUUGAUGUAUGAGGUUCAUAAGCUGCUACUUUCAUCAAUCUUUUUUUCGCUUCCUGUACAUAAGUUUCUUGAAUGUUGUAGCAACUCAAAUUCAAGAAAAUGGAAGCUAAAAAAAGAUGUAGACUUGAAUUUGUGUACUUGAUAUGAUCUUUAUGGUUUUUGGUUUAAAUGUAAUGUGUAAAUAAGUGUUUAUUGUGGUGAAAUCUUCAUGGCUUUUGAUGUUUA